AUGAAAAGACUGUGGGCCUUUUUCUCGCUUUUUAGCGCAGUGGCAGAGGGCUCGGUCUCCUUCCUGACUUUGGGAGACUGGGGUGGAUAUGCUCUCGGGAGCUUCCAUCAGACCACGGUGACGGCAGUGGCACAGCAGAUGGCAAAAACGGCGACGCAGACUGGCGCAUCCUUCGUAGUUAACACUGGCGACAACUUCUACUACUGUGGCAUCACUGGCACGGCUGAUCAUCAAGUUGCUGAAGAUUUCACGAAUGUGUACAGCAACAAGUCUUUGAAGGUUCCCUGGUACUCAGUGUUGGGCAACCAUGAGUACGGCUAUGACGUGGAGGCCCAGUGUCAGUUGUCCAGUGUGCUCAGCAAUUGGGUCAUGGACAGCCGGUACUUCUCCAAGCGCGUUGCAGUGGGCAGUGGCCACUUCAUCUCCUUCAUCUUCCUUGACACGUCCCCCUGCGUGGCAGCCUACCGGGCUGACGACCAGUCCCACUGGGAUCCAUGCGGCAGCGACUUCCCGACCUGCGAGCCCAUCGUGGAGGGGCCUUGCAGAUUCCACGAGAACAUCCUGUCGCAAAAUUGCACCACUCAGUUCGAGUGGUUCAAGGCCGAGCUGGCAAAGGUGCCAGCGAGUGACUGGCUUAUUGUGGUUGGACACCACCCGGCUGAUGAGAUGGAUGUAGAGGAUUUCGUGUCGCCGAUGGUGCAGCAUGGCUUCGACCUUUAUCUGAACGGUCACACGCACCUACUGAACCACUACACCAUCAACGGAGGCGGCGCUUACGUCACAAGCGGUGCUGGUGCGAUGGUUCGUACGAAGGAUCAAGAGGACGAGGAGUCCCACCUGGUCGGCAAGGGCUCGAAAAAGGUUCAACUUGUGUGGGAGGAGAAGGUCGCAGGCUUCACGUUGCACACCUUCUCGCCCGACUUCAAGGAGUUGAAGACCGACUAUGUUUCUUACACCGGCGGCAUCCUGCACUCCUUCAAUGUGACGCGUGGAUCCGGGCCGUCGCCAUCGCCACCAUCGCCACCUUCACCACCGUCGCAAGGCUCCUGUUCGAAGUAUGGCUGCGGAAGGUAUGAUCCCAGCCACAGUUGCCAGUGCAACUCCUUCUGCAAGGAGCACGCAGAUUGCUGCUCUGAUUACUCGAAGUCUUGUGCUGGGCCAUCCAGAGGCUCAUGCAAGGAGUUUGGCUGCGGCAGGUUUAACCCCAAGCAGAGCUGCCAGUGCAACUCUUACUGCAAGGAGCACAAAGAUUGUUGCCCAGACUAUGACACCACUUGCGGGGGCAUUGAGACGGCUGCAAACAGUGCACACUCUGAGCAAGAUGUCGGCGAGCUGCGCUUGAAUGGCAUCCACGCAAUCAGUGUGCCUGUGUUGCGUCGUCAGAUGCAGUCCGCAACGGUAGCGCGGACAAACUUACGGCCCCACAUCGACACUUCCGAAGCUUUGCUGAGAAGCAUCGAAUGCGUGAAGUCGCUUGCUGCUCCAGGCAUGGGUGCCUAUGUCAUCGGUCAUUUCUGGGGCUGUUUGGAUGGAUGCUGUGAGCUCACGACCAUCUUCCUGAACAAUCUGUACCUCCUCAACGAUGUGGAAAUAGAUGGGCGGAGGCUCAAGGAAUUCUUUCCACGAUGGGUUGUUGCUGCCAACGGGAUUAUCCUUUGGCUGGGCUUCAUUGCCUUCAGGCUCGCCCUUUUCCCGACGUGGUUGUACAUGUUCUACAAGGAUAUGGAAGAAGCUCCGUCCAAGAGCUUGGCCGUCAUUACAGAUUUAGAAAGGUAUCUUUACCCGGGUGUAAACCUGGUAUUGCUGCUGCUGUCGAUUGCUUGGUUUGUGCCCCUCACUCGCGGAAUGGUGAAAUCUGUCAAGGCGGUGGGCAAGGUGGAAGCAAAAGAUGCGAAGCAGAACUAG